CAAAAACAUAUGAUAAGAGUGAUAUUACCUUUUUAUUCCCCUCGGAGACAAAAGAAGAAGACAAACCUUCUCCUUUUCAUCCUCUCUUCCUUCUUCCUUCUUCCUCCUCAGAUCUCUUCCAAUUCUCCAAAAUGCUUCUCCAUAUCCAAAUUCAUCUUCACUCCUCUUCUGGCUUUCUAUUUCUUUCUUGAUUUCUUCUUUCAAUUUUAUCCUUUUUUUUUCACUUUUGCCUUUCCUUUCGGUUUCACUCCAUUCUUUUGAUCUUCUCCUCCGCCGCCGCGGAAUGAGGUGCAAGAAGCAUCUCUCUGACGUCACCAGCGCUGUCGGAGUCUGCGCUACUUGUCUCCGGGAGCGUCUUCUCUCUCUCAUGGCUGCUCAAGCCAGGGCCGAGGCUCACCAAUUGCAACUAUCUCGACUUCGUUCCUCUACGGCGGCGGCGGAGGAUUUACCAAGGAAGUCCGAUCCUCUUCCACCUCCGCCUCUCGUGUUUCCUCGUUCUGUUUCUCCCUACGUCUCCCGGCGGAAAGUUGAGGAUUCCUCGUGGAGCUUUCAGAGUCCGUUGGAUGAUCGACAUCGUCGAUUUCAUCAUCGCUUCUAUAGUACUCCACAGGUUGGACCUACUUACUACGCCGGCGGUAUUUCUACUUCUUCUUUUGUUACUACCGGCUCCGUUAGUAGGAAACAGAGGAGUAGAUUUUCGUUUUUCUCUAGUCUUUUCAGGUCCAGAUCCGAGAAAUUGGAUUCAGUUCCUCACGAUUUUUCUCAUUCUACUUGUGAACCCGUACCUUCUUCCUCUUCCACUUGGUUUUCAUCAAUGUUCUCCCGUCGGAAGAAGAAGCAAUCGAAGUUUUGCUCUAUUGAAGAACAAAUGGAUCAGAGGAAGAAGCCACCCCCAUCGCGAUUCUUCUCUCGUGGAAUGUCGCCAGCUGGUGGAGCGAGUGAGGCGGACGGAGAUUGCGAUGAUCGCCGAGACGGAUCUCCAUCCGCGAGCGGUUACUCCUCUGAAUCAUCCAAGUGGAAACCGUCUCCGGCAGCGUCUCAUGGAUCGACAGCGAGACGAGGAAGACAAGGACUGAGUCGGAAUGUGUCUAGUCUUGCGUUUUGCUUGAGUCCACUAGUGAGAGCUAGCCCUAACCACCGUCACUGGAACCAGAAAGGACUGCCACCGGAAUUCGUGUAUUCCGGCGAUGUUAGGGUUCCGAACAAGCCUCAUAUCUCCGAAGCGGCGUCGUUUUGCGCGAACCGGUCUCGAAAACUAGCGGAUUUCGGAAGAGUCAAUGCCAACCGUUGAUUUUGAAGACCGUUGACAUCCUCAUUAACGGUGAUGAUUUGAUCUUCUUUCACACUUACGGUUUUGCCCUUCCUUCCUCUCUACACCAAUUGUUUAUUAUUACUAUCUUCAGCUCAUUCCUCAGUGUAAAAGUUGGAAAAAGAAAAAAGGAAUUAUAAGAUUAAAAAUAGUUUGAAAAAAAAGAAAAAGAAAGAAAAAGAAAGAAUUAAAUUUUUUGUUAUUUCUGUAUAUUAAUUAAUUAAUGUUCAUGACACAGAAAUGAAAAGGAUUUUUCAGUUUA